AUGGAUAAAUUAAGACAACCUCCUGAGUUCCAAUUCGUUUCGAGCGAUGGUGAUUUGUCUGAGCGGUGGAAGAGAUGGAAACAAACAGUCAAUUUAUACAUGGAUGUCUGCAUGAAAGACGCAUCUGAGAAAGAGAGAUGCAGCGCUUCCUUAUAUAUCAUUGGUCAAGAUGGCAGAGAUAUCCACAACACGUUUGAUUUUGAGACGAGCGAAGUAGACAAAAUAAAACCGUUAAUACAAAAGUUUGAAGAUUAUUGCAUACCGAAGCAGAACACAACAAUGCAGCAAUACAAAUUUAAUAAACGCGUGCAAGGCGAAACCGGAAUCAGUUGACCAAUAUGUUACGGAACUACGGCUUUUGGCGAAAAACUGUCGUUUUGGAGAACUACAAGAAGAGUUAAUUCGGGAUCAACUCAUUUGUGGCAUAAAAGAGGACAGACUUCAAGCUCAAAUGCUUCAAGACGAUUUAACUUUAGACAAAGCCAUUAGCAUACAUAAAGCAGACGAAGAAUCGCGUAAACAACUUAAAGACCUAACGAAAGACGACAGUUUUAAAGUAAGUUCAGUGAAGAAGAGUUCAAGAAAAGGGAAAUAAUGAAGACAGACCAGCGAAGUUUGGGCGAGAAAAACAGAAGAUAUCCUCGGGCGAAGUAAUAAAAUUGUAGCCAAUACGAGCGAGACCAUCCAAGCAAGCAAUGCCCAGCAUAUGGCAAAGUCUGUCAUGCAUGCCGAAAACUAAAUUUGCGAAGUGUUGCGAAGUGUUGUCGCUCAAGGAAAGUACAUGGAAUUGAUCACAUGCAUACAGAUCCGGAUAUUCUAUUUGUUGGAACGGUUGAUAAGAAACCCGAACAGUUGACUAAAACAGAAUUGACGAAAGACGAGUGUUUUAUAACUCUAGAGAUUAAUGAAACACCGAUCAAGUUUAAAGUUGACACAGGAUCUCAAACGAACAUAAUUCCCAUGUCGAUGUACCGAGAAUUGAAAGGGCCUAAAGAACCAAUUCAGGCAUCAAGGACCUCAUUGACAAGCUACACUGGAGAUAAGCUUAAUCUUGUUGGCAAAUUUACUAUACUUAACUGUUACAUUACUAUACUUAACUGAUUUCUCUGUAAAUAGGAACUGAUUUCUCUGUAAUAAAAUUGAUGUAUUCUUCAGCUACACUCCGUUCACGGGUGGGCUGGGCACUAAUAGGCAAACAGGACAGAACAUCUGUAGGGUUUGUCUUGCCUGGCAUGUGGACCAUUUUAAAAUGAUAUGGCUGAAGAUGAAGAACCCACCGCUCUAUAUGUGGAUCUGGUUUUCCCUUCGGGCUAUAAAUAAACUCUUGUGGUCAGUGAAAAGUUUAAAACGUAAUGCCAUAAAGAUACAGGUGGAACUUUUCACACCCUCAACAUCGGUGAGAGUUCUAGACACAUAUGCAACAGGGCGUGGCUCUUGGCCAUGGGACUGCAUUAGGAUGGUGCCUAACCCAACUGGACUGGCAGCCACCCUAAGCUCAGUUUCUGCUUCAGGGUUAUAGUGAGCCAUUACGCAGUCACUAGUCAAACUGUUUUUUAGCUCAUUGAAUGCAAGAAUAAGACAGCCACUGAAGUUUGCAGAGUCCUGAAGUCCAUUUUCUUGCGACAUGGUAUUCUGGAGAGAGUUAAAUCAGAUAAUGGACCCCCUUUCGAUAGCGGCAAGUACCUCCAUUUCGCGAAUGAGUGGGGAUUUGAAGUUCGUCACAGCAGUCCGAAGUACCCUCAGUCAAAUGGUGAAGUAGAACGAGCCGUACAAACCAUAAAGAGACUCCUCAAGAAAGAGAAAGAAAAAGCUUUGCUAGCUUACUGA